AAAUAAUAAAUCCGUAACCGUUAAAAACAAAGCAACAGUGACGAUCGUUCUAUAUCAAGUAGAAUAGAAUCUAUCUAUAUAAUAAAGCUGUCAGCAUUAUAAUUUAUCAUUUCAUUUCUCACUCAAAAACUCGAAAGUCUUAAGCGGCGUGACUCAGAAACCAAAACGAAACGGAAAAGAAAUGGCAGACACACUCUCUGCUUUGAGGUCUUUGAUGGCUUCUCACUCUCCGCCUCUCCAUGCCUUAGUUGUUCCCUCUGAAGAUUAUCAUCAGAGUGAAUAUGUAUCUGGACGAGACAAGCGUCGCCAAUUCGUUUCUGGCUUCACUGGAAGUGCUGGUUUGGCACUUAUAACAAAGGAUGAAGCAUUGCUUUGGACCGAUGGACGUUAUUUUUUGCAGGCUGAACAACAACUUAGUGAUCAGUGGAAACUGAUGCGUAUGGCCGAAGAUCCUGCUGUAGAUAUAUGGAUGGCUGAUAACUUGCCAAAAGAUGCAGCCAUUGGGGUUGACCCUUGGUGCAUUUCAAUUGAUACUGCUCAACGAUGGGAACGUGCUUUUGCCAAAAACCAGCAGAAGCUGGUCCAAACUACAAAAAAUUUGGUAGAUGAAGUUUGGACAAAUCGUCCACCAGCAGAGAUUAAUGCGGUCACUGUACAGCCAUUAAAGUUUGCAGGCCGUUCUGUCACAGAUAAGUUGAAAGAUUUGAGAAAAAAGCUUGUACAGGAGCAUGCUCGAGGAAUAAUUUUUACAACACUCGACGAAGUUGCAUGGCUGUAUAAUAUUCGUGGAAAUGAUGUGGCAUAUUGUCCGGUUGUUCAUGCAUUUGCUAUUGUGACAUCCAAUUCUGCCUUCAUUUAUUUGGACACACGAAAGUUGUCUAUUGAGGUAAAAACUCAUUUAGAGGAGAAUGGAAUUGAAAUCAAAGAGUAUACAUCAGUAAGCUUUGACGUGGCAUUACUUGCGACUGAUGAGCUUGAUUCCGUGUCUACUGGUACUCUUGCUGAAGUUUCGAAGGAAUCUGCAAAGAUUCCCAGUGAAACCCAUAAGAGCGUAAAUGGUAAACAUCAAGCAGGAGAAAAUAGUAGCAACUUCAUAUGGGCUGAUCCAGGUUCAUGCUGCUUUGCUUUGUAUUCAAAACUGAAUCCUGAUACAGUUCUCUUGCAGCAAUCACCUCUGGCUCUUCCAAAAGCUUUAAAGAACCCAGUGGAAUUGGAUGGGUUAAGAAAGGCACAUAUUCGGGAUGGUGCGGCUGUUGUGCAAUAUCUUGUUUGGCUGGAUAAGAAGAUGCAAGAAAUUUAUGGAGCAUCUGGAUACUUUUUAGAGGAGAAUUCUGUUAAAAAGGAGAAACAUUUGAAACCCUUGAAAUUGACUGAGGUGACUGUAAGUGACAAGCUUGAAGAGUUCCGAGCAUCAAAAGAGCAUUUCAGAGGAUUGAGUUUCCCUACUAUUUCUUCCGUUGGCCCAAAUGCCGCUAUUAUUCAUUAUUCUCCACAGGCAGACACAUGUGCCGAGCUUGAUCCAGACAAAAUUUAUCUUUUUGAUUCUGGAGCCCAGUAUCUGGAUGGAACAACAGAUAUUACACGAACAGUUCAUUUUGGGAGACCUUCGGAUCAUGAAAAAUCAUGUUAUACAGCAGUCCUAAAGGGUCACAUUGCUCUGGGAAAUGCUAAAUUUCCUAAUGGGACAAAUGGUCACACGCUUGAUAUUCUUGCUCGAAUUCCUUUGUGGAACUAUGGCCUUGAUUAUCGACAUGGAACUGGUCACGGUAUUGGGUCCUACCUGAAUGUCCAUGAAGGACCUCAAUUAAUCAGUUUCAGAAUACGAAAUGUACCACUGCAAUCUUCCAUGACUGUUACAGAUGAACCUGGUUACUAUGAGGAUGGAGAAUUUGGGAUACGAUUGGAGAAUGUGCUUAUUGUCAAGGAGGCUGAUACAAAAUUUAAUUUUGGUGAUAAAGGUUACUUGUCUUUUGAGCAUAUUACCUGGGCACCAUACCAAACGAAGCUGAUUGACCUGAACCUUCUAAAUCCAGAAGAGAUAAAUUGGUUGAACUCCUAUCAUUCCAAGUGUAGAGAUAUUUUGGCGCCAUAUUUGGAUGAAGCUGAAAAUGCAUGGCUGAAGAAAGCCACUCAACCUGUCGCUGUGUGAGUUGUAUUCUGAAUUGAAAAGUUAAGAAAGUACGUUGUUUCAGAGUAAAAUAAUGUGUGCUGUCUUGAGUAUCCAUAGUGUUUACUGUAUUUUAGAUUUUAAAUGUCCUUCCUAUUGGGAUGACCAAUCCUUCAAAUUAGUAUACACCAUGUACAUUUACUCUGCUGCUCAUUAUAUAAGGUUUACUCAUGUGUUGAAUUGCAUAUUCACUCAGUAAGAGUCCUUUUGUA